AAACACAGAUAGCAGAUGACAGCAGCAUCUUCUUGCCCACGUGGGUCUGUCACAACUUUGCCCCCAAAACCUAUCCCUUACAAUUUACACUACAUUUACACUACGGACAGAAUUUCCUCCCAAAAAUAUCAUCAUCCCCGCAAAAACAAGCAACCACUUAACAAAGUCAUGUCUUCAGGCAGCAGAGCAGUUCACUCCCAUCAGCAACGCCAACAGCAGCGGCAGCAGCAGCAGCAGCAGCAGCAGCAGCAGCAAGCUGAGUCCUCAGGCACAACUAACAUGAGAGCAUCCCAUACCCACCACCAGGCUGACUCUAUAAGCAAAGCCAUUGCUCAGUACACAGUCGAUGCUCGCCUCCACGCUGUUUUCGAGCAGUCGGGGGAAUCGGGUAAGUCAUUUGAUUACUCCCAAUCCGUUAAAACUACUACCCAAUCGGUUCCCGAGCAGCAAAUCACUGCUUACUUGUCUAAAAUCCAAAGAGGGGGCCACAUCCAGCCAUUUGGCUGCAUGAUUGCGGUUGACGAGCCCAGUUUCCGUAUCAUCGCCUACAGCGAAAACGCACGCGAGAUGCUUGGGAUUACCCCUCAAUCAGUUCCCAAUUUGGAGAGGAUCGAAGUUCUCACAAUUGGGACCGAUGUUCGAACCCUUUUCACUCCUUCCAGCGCUGUUUUGUUGGAAAAAGCCUUCGCCGCCCGCGAGAUCACGUUGCUGAAUCCGGUUUGGAUUCACUCGAAGAAUUCUGGGAAGCCCUUUUACGCUAUUUUACAUAGGAUUGAUGUUGGAAUUGUGAUUGAUUUAGAACCUGCUAGAACUGAGGAUCCUGCCUUGUCUAUUGCUGGGGCUGUCCAAUCGCAGAAAUUAGCUGUCCGUGCUAUUUCUGAGUUACAGUCCCUCCCUGGAGGCGAUAUUAAGCUUUUGUGUGACACGGUUGUGGAAAGUGUGAGACAGCUUACUGGAUAUCAUAGGGUAAUGGUUUAUAAAUUUCAUGAGGAUGAGCAUGGGGAGGUCGUGGCCGAGAGUAAAAGGCCUGACUUGGACCCUUACUUAGGUUUACAUUAUCCGGCAACGGAUAUUCCCCAGGCUUCAAGGUUUUUGUUUAAGCAGAAUAGAGUUAGGAUGAUAGUGGACUGUCAUGCCACGCCAGUGCGUGUGGUUCAGGAUGAUGGGUUAAUGCAACCUCUGUGUUUGGUUGGAUCCACUCUUCGGGCCCCUCAUGGUUGCCAUGCUCAGUAUAUGGCUAACAUGGGGUCAAUUGCUUCUUUGGCGAUGGCAGUUAUUAUCAAUGGAAAUGACGAUGAAGCUACUGGGGGAAGAAAUACAAUGAGGCUUUGGGGUCUUGUUGUUUGUCAUCAUACUUCUGCACGUUGUAUUCCAUUUCCACUUCGAUAUGCUUGUGAGUUCCUAAUGCAAGCAUUUGCACUUCAACUGAAUAUGGAAUUGCAAUUGGCAGCUCAAAUGUCGGAGAAACGUGUUUUGAGGACUCAAACUCUUUUGUGUGAUAUGCUUCUUCGUGACUCUCCAUCUGGCAUUGUCACGCAAAGUCCCAGCAUUAUGGAUCUUGUGAAAUGUGAUGGGGCUGCCCUUUAUUACCAAGGUAAGUAUUACCCAUUAGGUGUGACGCCAUCUGAGGCCCAGAUAAAAGAUAUUGUCGAGUGGUUGUUGGCAUUCCAUGGAGAUUCGACUGGUUUAAGCACCGAUAGUUUGUCUGAUGCUGGUUACCCUGGGGCAGCCUCACUUGGGGAUGCAGUUUGUGGGAUGGCUGUUGCUUAUAUUACUAAAAGGGAUUUUCUAUUCUGGUUCCGGUCACACACAGCAAAAGAGAUCAAAUGGGGUGGUGCAAAGCAUCAUCCAGAGGACAAAGAUGAUGGUCAAAGAAUGCAUCCACGAUCUUCAUUCAAGGCAUUUUUGGAAGUGGUCAAGAGUCGAAGUUUGCCAUGGGAUAAUGCUGAAAUGGAUGCAAUUCACUCACUGCAGCUUAUUCUUCGUGACUCAUUCAAGGAUGCUGAAGCAAGUAAUUCUAAAGCCGUUGUACACGCUCAGCUUGGGGGACUAGAGCUACAAGGGGUGGAUGAGCUUAGUUCAGUUGCAAGGGAAAUGGUAAGGUUAAUAGAGACUGCAACUGCUCCCAUAUUGGCCGUAGAUGUUGAAGGUCGCAUUAAUGGGUGGAAUGCAAAAGCUGCAGAAUUAACAGGACUCUCAGUUGAGGAAGCCAUGGGGAAGUCUUUGGUUCAUGAUCUUGUUUAUGAGGAAUAUCAAGAAACGGUUGACAGGCUUCUUAGUCAUGCUUUGCAAGGUGAAGAAGAUAAAAAUGUAGAGAUAAAAAUGAGGACUUUUGGCUUAGAAGAUCAUAAAAAGGCUAUAUACGUGGUGGUGAACGCUUGCUCUAGUAAGGAUUAUAUGAAUAAUAUUGUUGGAGUUUGCUUUGUUGGUCAGGAUGUUACAGGCCAAAAGGUGGUGAUGGACAAAUUCAUCCACAUACAAGGUGAUUACAAGGCCAUUGUUCAUAGUCCCAAUCCUUUGAUUCCACCAAUAUUUGUUUCUGAUGAAAACACAUGUUGCUUGGAGUGGAACACUGCCAUGGAAAAGCUCACUGGGUGGCCUCGGGGGGAAAUCAUAGGGAAAAUGUUAGUUAGUGAGGUUUUUGGCAGUUGCUGUCGCCUCAAGGGUCCAGAUGCUUUGACAAAAUUCAUGAUUGUUUUACAUAGUGCAAUUGGAGGGCAGGAGGCAGAUAAGUUCCCUUUUGCCUUCUUUGACCGCAAUGGGAAAUUUGUUCAGGCACUGUUGACAGCAAACAAAAGGGUGAAUAUGGAAGGCCAGAUUGUAGGAGCGUUUUGUUUCCUGCAGAUUGCAACUCCAGAGUUGCAGCAAGCACUGAGAGUCCAGAGGCAACAGGAGAAAAAAUGCUUUGCUAGAAUGAAAGAGUUAACCUACAUUUGCCAGGAAAUAAAAAGUCCUUUGAAUGGGAUCCGUUUUACUACCUCACUUUUUGAAUCUACAGAGCUGACUGAAAACCAAAAGCAAUUUAUUGAGACUAGUGUUGCUUGUGAGAAGCAAAUGUUGAAGAUCAUAAGAGAUGUUGAUUUGGAGAGCAUUGAGGAUGGUUCUAUGGAGCUUGAAAAGGCUGAAUUUUUCCUUGGGAGUGUCAUAAAUGCUGUUGUUAGCCAAGUAAUGCUACUGCUGAGGGAAAGAAAUCUACAGUUAAUUCGGGAUAUACCAGAGGAGAUCAAAACAUUGGCUGUUUAUGGCGAUCAAGCAAGAAUUCAACAGGUGUUGGCUGAUUUUUUGUUGAAUAUGGUUCGUUAUGCACCAACUGGUGAAGGUUGGGUAGAGAUUCAUGUUCGUCCAUCUUUGAAACAAAUAUCCGAAGGAGUCACCAUUGUUCAUACAGAAUUCAGGAUGGUAUGCCCCGGUGAAGGCCUUCCUCCUGAGUUGGUUCAAGACAUGUUCCAUAGCAGUCGAUGGAUGACACAGGAGGGCUUAGGGUUGAGCAUGUGCCGGAAAAUCUUAAAGCUCAUGAAUGGUGAGGUCCAAUAUAUCAGAGAGUCGGAAAGAUGUUAUUUCUUAAUUACUCUAGAACUUCCUGUACCUCGGAGUGGCUCAAAAAAUGAAGACUAGGUUAGCUGCCCCUGAUCAGAUUUAACCCAAGUUCUUUUUCUGUCAUUUACAAACCGUUGCUUAUCCCGGUUGCAUGGCUUAUACAUGAACAUCUUCACCUAGAUCCACCUAAUGUUGCUCGACAGACUGAAGAAUCCUGGCAGUACUAAAUGAGGGUAACUACAGAAUGUAAUAUAUGUAAUACCCCCUUCCACAACAAAAGGCCGUCGUGGUGUGAAUUUGCUGUUGGAUUGUGAAGCUCUCCUGUUAUGUAUCAUAAUUCAUAAGAGUUAGAUUAGAACUUUUCAUGAUCCAAAGAUGAUUGUAACGUAUUCACCUACAUUAGCUUAUCCCUAUGCCACUUCUGCUUUGGUAUAGAAUGAUAUAGGCUUCUCCUUGUAAUUAGUAAGGGAUUAUUCUGUAGAGAGGAUAAUUUAAGCAUGAUUUACUGUUUUCAUACAUUUAUCCUUAUAUUGGCAUGGAUUGUUAAAA